AUGCCGGUCGAGUACUGGGUGCCGGAUGAUCUCGAGGUGUUCGUGCCGUGCACUCACGAUGGCGGGGAGUUCAGUCCUAUCAUGAGCUUCGUCCCUUCCGGGGGCCUUCGUCUGAAGAAGGAUGCCAAAGUUGCGGACUUGGACCAGGUGCAGCCAGACCAGCUCGAGGGCAUUGACCGCCUCGAUAAGCUGCACGUCUGCCACGCGCCCGCCAUCUUGCAUGCUCUGCGAAUCCGUUACGCGAGGCAGCAGAUCUACACCGCAGUUCAGCGCAUGAUUGUGGCAGUGAAUCCUUUUCGGAAGGUGGACUGCUGUUCUCCGGAGGUGCGCUUGAAGUACUUGGCGGCUGAGCGUUCCAAGGACCUGGAGCCUUCUGUGUUCAGCGUUGGCCUGGACGCAGUAGGUGGGCUGAGGCAUCCAGAGCAGAGCAAGAGAAGGAGUCAGGCAGUGCUGAUCAGCGGGGAGUCUGGCGCGGGCAAGACCGAGUGCGCGAAGCUAGUGCUGGACUACGUCACGCUGAAGAUCCAGGCCGACGACAUGAAAAAGGGAGGCAAGGGGCGUGCGAGCUUGUGCAAGCCACAAAUCCAGGAGCAGAUCAUGAAGACCAACCCUGUGCUCGAGGCGUUCGGAAACGCCAUGACGGCGCGCAACAACAACUCGUCCCGCUUCGGCAAGUGGCUCCAGAUGCCGGUGUCGCAGAAGGAGGGCAUCCAAGGCUGCAGCAUCACGGACUACGUUCUGGAGGUCUCGCGCGUCUGCAGCCAAAGCAAAAAGGACAGGAACUAUCACGUCUUCUUUCAGUUGCUCGCAGGUAAGGCUUCUGGAGACGACCUCUUCGAGGGUGUCGAGAUGCUUCAGGCCGGCCAGUACAGCUUCCUGACGAAGGGGAAUCUCGAGGCACCAGGCAUCGACGACUCGACCGGCUUCAGAGAGCUGAAGGAUGCAUUCGGCGUCCUCGGGAUUCAGCGCGACUCGCAGGUUGAGAUCAUCAAAGUAGCCAUGGGCAUUCUCACGCUGGGCAACCUGACAUUCGCGACUGACCCUGCUAGUAACGAUGACGCCGCUCAGCUGACCGAUCCUGCAUCAGGCAAGAUGGCGGCUGAUCUGCUUGGCGUUGAUCCCGAGGAGUUGAGGAAAGCUAUACUUGUAUUCACGGGCAAAGCUGGUGCAGAGACCAUCACCAAGGAACGGAAGAAGAGCGAGGCGGAUCGAACGCGCGACUCACUCGCCCGAGUUCUAUAUGGCAAGUUGUUCAAAUGGCUCAUCACGAAGAUCAACAGCCUCCUGGGGCAAGGCAUGGAUUCACCGACUUUCUUCGGCGUGCUCGACAUCGCAGGCUUCGAGUCCUUCGAGGCAAACUCGCUCGAGCAGCUGUUUAUCAACUUGACCAACGAGCUCCUCCAGGGCCACUUCAACGACUACUUCUUCGAGGCGCAGAAGCAGGAGUACAAGGCUGAGGGUCUCACGGUGGAGGUGUCGUUCAAGGAUAACACGGACGUCGUUGCCCUGGUCGGCUACCGUGUCGACAAGGGCGCGAGCAAGCAGGGCAUCCUCGACGUUCUGGACGACUCCGCAAAGACCGCCACGGCAGACGACCAGGCUUUCUACAACCAGCUCAAGAAGGUCCACGAGCAGCACGAGAGGAUGGUGUGGCCCAAGGUGAAGUCGCUGGACUUCACGGUCAGGCACUUCGCGGGGGACGUGAAGUACACGGCCACGGGCUUCCGGGAGAAGAACAGCGACAGGCCGCCAGAGAGCACCGGGGCCCUGCUGGCGGGCUCGAGCCUGUCGCUGCUGCGGGAGGUGGCCGCGGCCAUGGCCGAGGGGGAGGAGGAGGAGCAGCAGCGCGGCAGGGCGGGCGGGGCCAGGAGGGCGAAGACGCUGAACGCCAGCUUCCAGGCCUCCCUGGGCGAUCUCAUGGCCAAGCUUCGGGAGGCGGAGCCCCACUUUGUCCGCUGCAUCAAGCCGAACAAGGACAAGGUGCCGAGCAUCUUCGAGUCCAAACUCGCGUACGAGCAGCUGAGCAACACGGGGGUCGUGGAGGCCAUGCGCAUUCGGCAGGAUGGGCUCCCGAUCAGGCUCGAGUUCGAGGACUUCUUGGGGAAGUACCGCGCCGCCCUUCCCGAUGCAGGCAUGCUCCAGACUGGGCAGGGCGGUCCCAUGGACGAUGCCUCCGAGCUCGUGCAGGCAUUCGUCAACCUGCAGUACAUCAGCGAGGAGCAGGUCCAGGUGGGCAAGAGCAAGGUCUUCGCGACGAUGGCGGGGACACAUUCGCUGGACAGGGCCCUGCACGGCGUGGUGAAGAACCGGUUGCGGGAGGCCCUCGAGGACGAGAACGUGGAGGAGCUGGAGAAGCAGAUCCAAUCGGCCUGUGAAGUCCGCCUGGGCGAGCGUGAACCCGCCCUGGUGGAGGCCAGGCGCGGACUGGCAGAGCUCAGGUGCAGGCAGAGCCUGGCCGACGCGACGCAGGCGUACGACCACGCGGCCAUGUCCGCCGCGGUCGCGGAGGCAGAGGGGCUGGGCCUGGCCGCCUGCCCCGAGCUGGACGCGUGCAGGGAGGCGAAGGCCCAGUGGGAGAAGGCGAAGGAGCAGCGGGAUGCGCUCGAGCAGACGCUUUCGCAGAAGGGCAAGAAGCCCCGCGCCGAGUUCAUGAAGCACCUCGAGGCGGCCAUCGAGGAGGGCAAGCGGGCCGGCCUGACCGACCAGGACUGCCGGAAGGCGGCGGAGGAGCUGGCCGCCGAGAGUCGCCGGCUGAAGGCCAGCGAGGCCAUCGCGCAGGCCAUCAAGAGCAGGCGGAUCGCAGGGUUGCGCAAGGCCGUCGAGGAGGGCCAGAAGAGCGGCAUGGAGCCCGAGGAGCUGCGGGGGGCGGAGCAGCUGGCGGACGAGCUGGAGAGGAGCGCGCGCUCGGCGCUCCAGGAGGCGCUGGAGCACUGCAAGAUGGGGCCCCUGGAGAAGGCGAUCGGCCAGGCCCGAGCCGUGGGCAUGCCCGAGGGCGAGCUGGGGCCCGCCCUGGCCGCGCUGCAGGUGGAGCAGGCGAAGGCCGACGCCAAGAGGAGGCUCCACUCCGCCGUGCAGCGCGGGUCCGUCGCCGGCCUGACUGCGGCGCUGCAGGGCGCCCAGGAGCUGGGCCUGGCGGAGGCGGAGCCCGAGGCUGUGCAGGAGUGCAGCGAGGCGCUGGAGAGGGCCCACCGCAGGGAGCAGGCCAGGGCCGACAUCGCGCGGGCGCUCGAGGCGGGCAGGACGCAGCAGAGGCCGACGCUGGAGCGGCUGGAGGCCCUGCUGCGGGAGGCGCUCGAGGCCGGGCUCCCAGAGGACGCCGAGGAGGUGCAGGGCCUGAGGGGCGCCCUUGAGCUGGAGAGACGCAGGGAGGCGGUGCGCGAGCUGCUUCGGGCCGCGGUGGAGGGCGGCAGCGUGGAGGCGAUCGAGGCGGCGAUCGCGAAGGGCGAGGAGCUGGACAUGGUGGCGGAGGACCUCGCGGGCGCGAGGGCGGCGAUCGUCCUCGAGAGGCGGCGCGAGGCGGCGAGGGACGGCCUGGCCGCCGCAAUGAGGAAACGCACGGUGGACGCUUUGCGAGCGGCGAUCGCAGAGGCGGAGGCCUGCGGGCUGAGCGAGAACGAGCUGCGCAAGCCCCGCGAGUGCUUCGAGGCGGACAGCGCGCGCGAUCAGGUGAGGGCCAACCUCGCCAAGGCGGCUCAGAGCAGGGACACGGCGCUUCUAGAGGUCUGGCUGGCGAAGGCCAAGGAGCUGGGCAUGAGCAAGGCCGAGGUGCGCGAGGCGGAGAAGGUGCUGGCCGCGGAGAGGAGCAAGGAUGAGACCAAGGCGCGCCUAAAGUCCGUGGCCAAGGCCAAGCCCCUGGACAUGGAGGAGCUGGUGGCCGCCCUGCAGGAGGCGGAGAUGGUGGGCCUCACCGCCGCGGAGUGCCGCCCUGCCCGGAAGAUCCUGGAGCAGGAGCUCCGCAAGGUGGCCGCGCGCAGGGGCGCGGAGGAGGCCGCGGAGUUCUGCUCCGGGCCGGUCGCGCCCGGUGACGAGGGCGCGCACGCGGCGCGCGUCCAGCGGCUGCAGAAGGCCAUCCAGGUCGGGGAGCAGGCGCUGCUCGAGGCCUCGGAGCUGCUCCACGUGAGCCAGCUGCUGCAGGAGGAAAGCGCCAGGGAGGCGGCCCGGCAGCGCCUCGCCGAGGCCGUCAGGGGCGGCGGCGUCGCGGCCCUGCGGGAGGCCCUCGCGGAGGCCGAGGAGGCCAGGAUGGAGAAGUGGGAGACGCAGGCCGCCAGGGACGCGCUGCAGGACCUGCAGCGGAAGGCCCAGGCCUCGGCGGCCAUCCGCACGGCCAUCAACUGCGACGACGCCGGCGCGAUCAGCAGCGCCAUCGUCGAGGGCACCAGGGCCGGGCUGGAGCCGGCCGAGCUGGACAGGGCCCGGGAAGCGCACCGGGCGGCGCAGCGCCGCGCGGACGCCAGGGGCGCGCUGCAGGAGGCGGCCCGCGCCCGCAGGCUCUCUGCGCUCGGGGCCGCCAUCGCCGAGGCGGCGGCCGCGGAGGUGCCGGGCCAGGAGGUGGCGGAGGCCCAGGCCGUGCUCCGCCAGGAGGAGCUGAAGGCGGCGGCCCGCGACGAGAUCGAGCGGGCGGGCGACCUCGGACAGGUGGAGCCCCUGCAGGCCGCCCUCGACCGCGCCGAGGAGGCUGGCCUCGAGGCGGCGGAGACGGCCGCGGGCCGCGCCCUGCUGGCCAGGCUCCGCAGGUGCGAGCGCGCGCGCCAGGGGCUGGAGAAUGCGGUGGCCGCGGGCGACGUGGGCGCCAUGCAGGCCGCGAUCGCGGAGGCGUGCGCGGCCGGGCUGGACAGCGCGGAGAUCGCGCCCUGGCAGAAGGCGCUCGCGGUGGAGACUCGCAAGGGCGCCGCGAGAGAGGAGCUGGCCGCCGCGGUCCGCAUGGAGGUCCCGCAGGCGAUCACCGCCGCCAUCGAAGAGGCGGUGGCCGCGGGGCUGGAGGAGUUCGAGCUGCACCAGGCGCGGCAGCUGCUGAGGGCCGAGGUGCGCCGGGCCGCCGCCAGGGACGCCCUGGCGGAGGCCUCUGGCAGCGGCGACGUGCAGGCGCUGCGCGAGGCGGUCGUCGAGGGCGAGUCGGCCGGCGUCGACCACGCCCUGCUGGAGAUGGCGACGGCGCGGCUGCGGGAGGAGGAGGGCCGCGCGGCCGCGCGCACGGCCCUGCAGAUGGCCACCGCCUCCUGCGACCCCGGGGCCCUGAGGGCGGCCCUCGAGCAGGGCAGAGAGGCCGCGCUGGACACUUCGGAGCUCCGGGACGCCCGCGCCGCGCUGAGGGCCGAGGAGCGCAGGGCCGCCGCGCGGGAGGCCCUGCAGGAGGCGGUGCGCACCCGCAACGUGGCGGCCGUCGAGGACGCGCUCGUGGAGGGGAAGGCGGCCGGCGUGGAGGAGCGGAUCCUGGCUCCUGCCCGCGACCUUCAGCUCCGGAUGGAGAGCGCCGCCGCCGCGCGCGCGCAGCUCAGCGCCGCCACCUCCCAGCGCGACGAGCGCGCGCUGCGGGCCGCCCUGGCCGCAGGCCGCAGCGUCGGCCUGUCGGGUGCCGAGAUGGACGAGGCCCAGAGGGUGCUGGAGGAGGAGGAGCGCCGGUCCAGGGCCCGCCACUGGCUGGCGGAGGCCCUGGAGGGCAGGCAGGUGCACGUAUUCGAGGCGGUGCUCGACGAGUGUGCGGCCGCGGGCGUGAGGAACGCCCCCGAGCUGGCCCUGCUGAGGCGCGUCUUGGCCGCCAGGGCGCGGCUGUCGCAGGCCAUGAAGGGGGACGCCGGCUCCAGCGAGCUCCGCGGGGCCAUCUCCGACUGCGAGGCCCCCGACCUCGCCGCCCUCUGCGCGGCCGAGCUGCCGCCGGCGAGGCGCCUGCUGGAGGAGCGGCGGCGCCGAGAGUGGGCGCUGGCCGAGCUGGGGCGGCUGCUGGCCGUGGGGAGCCCGGACCUCGGGGCCCUGCGCGCGGCGGUCGCGGAGGGCUCGGCGGCGGGGCUGGGGCCGGCUGAGCUGGCCGAGGCCCGGCAGGUCCUCGAGCGCCAGCAGGCCCUCGGCGUCGCCCGCGACCGCAUCUGCGACGCUGGCCGCGACCCGGACUUCCUGAGGGAGGCGAUCGCGAAGGGCAGGUCGGCCGGCCUGGACGAGUCGGAGCUGGUGGAGGCCCAGGCCACGCUGGAGCGGGAGGAGCGGCGGCGGGACGCCCUCCUGGCCCUGCGGCGCGCCGUGGAAACGGCGCACCUCGGCGACCUGCGGGCCGCGGUGCGGGGCGCGGAGGCGGCGGGGCUGCAGGGCGGGCCGGAGCUCGCCCAGGCCGGGGCGCUGCUGCGGGCGGGGGAGCGCGAGGCGGCGCGCGAGCACCUGGCCGGGGUGGCCAUCCAGGGAGAUGCCGACGAGCUCCUGGAGGCGCUCGGGAAGGGCCAGGAGUGCGGCCUGGACGAGAGCGAGCUGGAGGGCGUCCGGGCGUCCCUGGAGGAGGCCACGGAGUUGGCGUUUACGCGCGUCAAGGACGGCCUGCUCCCCCCGGCGGACGAGCUGGCGUUCGAGGUGGCGGGCCGCCAGCUCCAGUCCCCCGGCCACGCGGGCCUCGACCGGAAGACGGGCGAGGCGCCGCUGGUGCUCGACGCGGGCGUCGGCGAGCGCCUCGCGAGGGCGGUCGAGCAGAUGUGGCACCGCAAGCAGGCCAGCAUCCUGGACGAGCUGAAGCACAACCUGCGCGGCUGCAGCACAAAGCUGGGCAAGGCGCAGGGCGUCAGGGCCGUGAGCAACCGGCUGAUGCUGAGGCUCUGCUUCGAGCUCGGGUCGCGCUACGGCGGCCGUGCGUCGGGGCACCUCAGGCAGCUGCCGCUGCUCAUGCUGUCCGCCCUCCUCUACACGCAGGAGGACGUCGACACCGACCGCAUGAUGCUGUUCCCGGACUGCCCCGCGCGGGGCUCCGGCACGCCGCAGGAGCAGCGGAUCGCGUACGGGGCGUAUAGAGAUCGGAUUAAGGACGUCUGGGUCCUCCAGGAGGGGCGGGCGGAGCGCAACCCCAGCCUGUCCGCGGAGCUCUCCAGGGCGCUGCGCAUGGUGCUCGAGUCGAGCCUGAGCGGCGCGGGCCAGACGCUGCUGGCCAAGUGGGUGAAGGUGCUCUGCGUCUUCGGCGCCGCCGCCGACGCGCUGCCCCCGACCUCGGUGUCCGCCGCCCUCGUCGGCCUGCCCCGCGACGCGGCGCAGCUGCUGCAGUCCAAGAGGCCUGGGGACUCCCUCGUCUGGGCCGGGCCGCUCAGCGCGACCACCGACCACGCCAUCCCAGAGCGCCAGCUGCGCGGCGCCGGCGCGGGGGCGGUGCACCUGAGGAUAGAGGGCCUCACCGAGGGCCUCGGGCUCUCGGCCGUCAGCCAGUACCCCGAGGAGAGCGAGGUGCUGGUGCCCCCCUUCGCGCUGCUCGCGGUGAAGGAGGUGCGCAAGCAGGCGGACCAGACGCUGUGCGUCACCUGCGAGUUCAAGGGCACGCUGCUCAGCCAGCGGGUGCGUGAGGCGAGCCGCGCGGAUCUGCUGGAGGCCUCCGCGCAGCUGCUGCGGCAGCUGUCGUUUCAGGACGCCGGGGACCUCUGCGGCGAGCGGCCCGAGGAGGCCUCGCGGGACGGCGCGUGGUCCCCGCGCCCGCCCGGCUCCGCCGAGGGGGCCUCGCCGCAGCGCAGCGACGCCUCGCCGGUGCGGCGGGCGCCCGCGGCGGCCACGGCCGCGAGGGGGAAGCAGCCCCGCGGGCAGCCCAGCAGCAGGCCGCAGGUCGCCUUCGGCAGGCCCCCGGGGGCGACGCCCGCCGCGGCCGCGGCGGGCAGGGCGCGGACGCCGCCCGCGGUCGGCAGGGCGCGGACGCCGCCGGCGGUCGGCAGGGCGCCGGGCGCCGCCGCGCGCCCGGGGCGUCGCUACAACGACGACUUCCGGGCGCUCUUCGGCGUCUUCGAGGCCAUGGACCGCAGGGGCGCCUGCGCCGUGAGCCGGGAGGACUUCCUGUGGGCCAAGGUGGCGUUCGAAAGGACCGAGCACGGACUUCCAGCGCGUUGCCCGCAGGGAGUCCAUCGUGGAGCACUUCUUCCAGAGCCCCGAGGAGACAUGACGCUGCACCGCUUCUUCUGCCUCGCCAUGCCCGGGGCUUCAGAGCCCGACAUCGGGGAGCAGACGAGCUGUGCCUGAACCCAGGACGCUGCGGGGGCACGACGUGGUGGGCUCCCAGCAGCGGGCCGGCGCGGGGUCCGUGAAGCAGGUCGGCCUGCGCGUGGUGCCGCUGGCCUGAGGCGGCCUCGGCGCGCCGCGCCCUCCCGGGGGGCGCCGCGUUGUCUCCGGGUGCAGCCCCGCCCCUCCGCCCCGAUCGGGGCGCCCGGGGCGUGCGGCCGGGGCCUCUCGCCGCCUCCGGGCCCGGGCGUGCCGCCGGCGCCCCGCGGGUGGCUCGGCCCGUUUUUCCCGUCCGCAUGCCGGGCUCCUCUCGCCACCCACCAAGAGAUACACCCCCGCCCAGCCCGAAGGCCUCGAUUUGUGCCCUCC